CAAGGUUCCACCUCCUCACCGUUACCUCACCCACCAGCCAGCUGACUGCAGCCCUCAUUUGGCAUUUGGCAGGUGAUCUUUGACAGCUCGCUCUAUGUGGACAUUUCUAUUGACUGCGUUUCUCAUAUAGGAAUCAGAGGACUAAAAGCAGACAGAGGAACAUCAAUGGCUCCAACAUUAUAUGAUGAGAAGCCGGAGCCAGGAGACCUAAUUGAGAUUGACCGUGGGAACUUUCAGCAUUGGGCUGUGUACAUUGGAGAUGGCUCCGUGGUUCACUUGGCACCUCCCUCUGAAGGCCCGGGGGCGGGGUCUAGCAGCAUGAUGUCAGUGAUGAACGACAAGGCCAAGGUGAAGAAGGAGGAGCUCUGGGAUGUGGUGGGGACCGACAAGUGGAGCAUCAACAAUAUCCUGGAUGAGAAGUGUGACCCCAGGCCCGUCCACCUGAUCCUGAAAGAGGCGAAGGACAUGGUGGGAGCAGAGCUUCCCUUCUGUGUCUUCAGGGGAAACUGCGAGCACUUUGCAACAGAGCUGAGAUAUGGGAAGUCAGAGUCUCGCCAGGUGCGGACGGCCGUGCAGGUUGGUGUGGGGCUUGGUGUGGCUGCUGUGGUUGGAUUCGGCAUUGCUGCUUUAGCUUCAGCCAUCUUUAGUGGUGGGAAGAAGGAGAAGUCAAAUAAAUGACAGUGAUAUCAACCACAAAUGAUAAUGUGCUUUUUUUCCUCAUCUGCAAGCCUCAGCACCCAUGUGGAGGUAGCAAGGUAUAACCAUCAAAUGCCCCGUUCGAAAACUGUUCUAUUAAGCAUUAUCCUUUUGAAGUGAACAAAAAUGCUUCUCACUGCACUACUCAUAUUACAUUACUGCUGGCCAUCACUGUUUUACUCAUCUGAGCGUAGUUUUCCAAACAUUAUUCCCAAACUCUUGAAAUUGAUUAAUGCGUAAUACAUGGAGCACUUGAUUUUGUAUAUUAGCUGGCAGGGAUUGCAAUGUAAAUCUUUUGAUUGAAUGACUGAACAUGAUGGCAGUUGAUUAAAAUGAGUUGAUUUAACCUUUUUAAAUUUUCAAAUAAAUAUUGUACCAUGA